AUAUCAUUUUCACAAAUUUAUUUUUUUCUAGUACCUCAAUUCCCCAACAAAGCUCUCAUUUUUAACUAAAAUUUUAGCAUAUAUAAUGUUUUUUUAGCUGUUACUAUUUAUAUAGAGUCUUUUACUAUUAAAGUUUAUUUCUUUUCUUCCUUUAAAAACCAAGUGAGAAACUCUGAAAGAGGUAGUGAGUUAUCUCCAUCAUCAGAGAGUGCCAUAAUCAUCAUCACUAUGAGGAAAGGACUUCUGGGCCCCAGUCUCAAGCUCUCUGUCCCUGCUUCAUCUGAUCAAGCUUCUUUUUCCAAGUUCCUGACUGAAAGUGGAACCUUUAAAGAUGGGGAUCUGCUUGUCAACAGGGAUGGAGUUAGAAUUGUUUCUCAGAGUGAAAUGGAGCCUCCACCUCCAAACCCGAUCAUGCCGAUAGACAACCAGCUAAGUUUGGCAGAUAUAGACACAAUCAAAGUGGUUGGAAAAGGAACUGGAGGGGUUGUGCAGUUGGUGCAACAUAAAUGGACUAAUCAGUUUUUUGCAUUAAAGGAAAUUCAAAUGAAUAUCGAGGAGUCUAUGCGAAAGCAGAUAGCACAAGAGCUGAAAAUUAAUCAAUCAGCACAAUGUCCUUAUGUUGUUGUCUGCUACCAGUCAUUCUAUGCCAAUGGUGUUAUAUCAAUCAUCUUAGAGUACAUGGAUGGAGGGUCCUUAGCGGAUCUUCUGAAGAAAGUCAAAACAAUUCCAGAGGCUAAUCUUGCAGCCAUCUGUAAACAGGUGCUAAAGGGAUUAAUGUAUCUUCACCAUGAAAAACAUAUCAUCCACAGAGACUUGAAACCUUCUAAUUUGUUGAUAAAUCAUAGAGGUGAAGUAAAGAUUACUGAUUUUGGUGUGAGUGCAAUUAUGGAAAGUACAUCCGGUCAAGCAAAUACUUUCAUCGGCACAUUCAACUAUAUGUCUCCGGAGAGGAUCAACGGUAGCCAGCGUGGCUAUAACUACAAAAGUGAUAUAUGGAGCUUGGGAUUAAUAUUGCUCGAGUGUGCUAUGGGGAGGUUUCCAUACACACCACCAGAUCAAAGUGAGAGAUGGGAUAGUAUUUUCGAACUAAUUGAAACCAUUGUAGAUAAACCUCCUCCUACUGCUCCAUCAGAACACUUUUCUGCAGAAUUUUGCUCAUUUAUAUCAGCAUGCUUACAGAAAGACCCGAAGGAUAGACUAACAGCUCAGGAACUUAUGGGACAUCCUUUUGUCAGCAUGUACGAUGACUUGCAUAUAGAUCUUGGAGCAUACUUCUCCAACGCAGGGUCUCCACUCGCAACCUUAUAAAAUUUGGGUUGCUUGGCAUAUGGGCAGUGGUAGCAGAUGAUUCAAAUUAAGAGGCAGUUCCUGAGUCAUGUCUAAAAAUUCUGUAUUUUAUUAUUGAGUGAUUGAAUUUCAAGAGUUUGUUGAGAAGCUCUUUAUGUAAGGGCCAAGAAAUUGCAACAGUUGGCUGUUCAUGAGGAAUUUUAAUUCUGAAAUUCAAGUUUUAGGGAUCAUUUGCAACAAAA